AUGUCUUUGAAAUAUUAAGACCUUUAUGAAGAAUUGGAGACCAUAGGAAGUGGAAGUUAUGGUACAUAGAUAUUCCAUUCUAUAUAGGAUCUGCCUAUUUGGUUAAAAAUAAAAAGAAUGGGCAAUUAUCAGUGGCUAAAAAAGUUCAUUUGGGUAAGCUAUCAGAGAAAGAAAAGAUAAGUGCUUUAAGAGAAGCAGAAUUGUUAAAAAGUUUAGAUCACCCAAACAUUGUAUAAUAUAUGGGUAGUUUUGCAGAUAGUAGUUAAUUAAUUAUUUUAAUGGAAUAUUGUGAAGGUAUUAUACAAAUUGUAUAAAUAUAUAUAGAAGGAGACUUAUAAUAUCAUAUAAAAAAAAGAAAGUAAGGUAAAUAAAUUCAAUACUUUCCUGAGAAGAUGAUUUUAAAUUGGUUUAUUUAAUAAUUAUUUGCUCUAUAAUUCAUCCAUUCAAAAAAGAUCUUACAUAGAGAUAUAAAAACAAGUAAUAUCUUUCUUACAUCUAAUGGAACAGGUAUUAUUAAUUUUAUUUAAAUGCUUAGUAAAACUUGGAGAUUUUGGAGUAUCUAAAGUUUUAGAAAGUACUUUAGAUUAAGCAUCAACUGUAGCUGGUACUCCAUAUUAUAUGAGGUAUUUAUAUUUUUCUGAUAAUAGUCCAGAAGUUUGUGAAAAUAAACCUUAUACUUUUAAAUCUGAUGUUUGGGCUCUUGGAUGUGUUUUACAUGAAUUAUGCACAUUUAAACAUGCAUUUGAUGCCAAGAAUAUUUUAAGUCUCGUUACUAAAAUUUUAAAUGGACAAACUGAAACUUUACCUCCUCAUUAUUCAAAAGAUCUAUAAUAAUUAAUUCAUAGACUUCUUACUAAAUCAGUUUAGUCUCGUCCUCUCGUUGCUGAAAUUAUUAAUAUGCCAUUCAUUUAAUCUGUUAUGUAAGAUUUCAUUAGAAGUGGUGGUAAAUAAAACUUUUGUUCUGUUGUUGGAGUUAAAAAAAUUAAAUAACAUGAAAUCUAAGCACAUAAUAAUAAUUAACAUUUAAUCUUAAAAAAUCAAAUUAAUCAACCAAAAUAAGAUUAAGAAUCUUAUCAACAUUCUAUUAAAGAUGAAAUUAAUAAAGAGAAAGAAGAUGAAACUAUUAAUUAAACAGUCAUCUCUUAAUCAUUCAAUAAAAGUAAGACUUUUAAAAAUAAAUAGAGUAGAUUGAUAAUGCCAGUAAAUAUACAAUUGGUGAUACUAUUAUGAGUUAAGCAUCUUAAUUUUUAGAAUAACCUAAAUAAAUAUCUCCCAAAUCCAUCUUAAAAUAAAAAAAAGAAUAAGAAACUUAAUAAAAAAUAGAAAUGCUAUCAAAAGCAGCAUUAAAUAAUAGUCAGCAAAAUUCAAAAUAAGCUGAAUUAAGAAAAAUUCAAAACCUUUAUGGAACUCAAUCCCAAUUUUACUAAUAAAAAUAGUUAGAAAUUUAAUAAACUAAUACUUAAUAAUAAUUUUAUUAAAAGUAAUAAUAAUAAUAAAUUGAAUCACCUUUAAAAAAAAGUUAACUUUAAUAAUAAUAAUAAAUAAAAUAAUAGCAGUUUCAGAAUACUAAUUUUGAUUAAAGUUUAUAAUCUUCAUCUAAAUUUAAACCAAUUGAUGAAGAAGUUAUGAAGAAAAGUUUAUUAAAUUUAAAAUAAAAAUAAGCAUAAAAAAAAGAAUAAAAUUAAAAAAAUUAAACUAUGGAUUAUCAAAAUGAUGAAUAUCCUGAAGAUUUUGAAUAUUAUGAUGAUUUUGAAGAUUAUGAUUCGGAUAAUGAAUUUUAAAAUGAAACUGUUAUAAAUGAAGAGAUAUUAGGUGAUGAAAUGGAUGGAACAAGAUUGACUUAAAGAUAAUCUGAUUAAGAUUUAUAAAAUGUUGUUGAAGUUUAUAAAAAUGAAUUAGCAAAAGCAAAAAGUGGCAAUGAAACUUUAGCAGGUAAUUCAUAAAUUUUAUAUUAAUUUUAGAAAUCUAAGAAGAACCUGAAUCUUCAUAUUCUUCUAGUUUUUAUAAAACUGAUGAAAAAUUUAAACCUAAAAUAUCCAUGAUAGAAAAUCUAAAAAAAAGUAUAUUGUAAUAGAUCCCAUAAGAUUUAUUUAAUAUGGCUUAUAAUAGAAUUUUAAGUGAAAUCGAAAAAAAGUAAAGUACAUAGGAAGUAAAAUUUAUUACAAUUAAUUUUAGAUGUAUAAGGACUUAAAAUAAAUUUUGGGCAAAAAAUAUUCGGGGGCUGGAUUUUAAAUAGAAUAAUUGAUAUAUCAGGAGUAAUUAUAUAAACACUUUCAAAACUGAGUUUUUCAUUUAUAUCAUAUAUAAAUAUUCCUAAAUAUGUAAUAUUUUGAAUAUAACAUGAUGUUUUAGAGUUUCUCUCAUUUGGGAAGCUUCAGAAAUUUUGAGNUAAUAAAAAAUAGAAAUGCUAUCAAAAGCAGCAUUAAAUAAUAGUCAGCAAAAUUCAAAAUAAGCUGAAUUAAGAAAAAUUCAAAACCUUUAUGGAACUCAAUCCCAAUUUUACUAAUAAAAAUAGUUAGAAAUUUAAUAAACUAAUACUUAAUAAUAAUUUUAUUAAAAGUAAUAAUAAUAAUAAAUUGAAUCACCUUUAAAAAAAAGUUAACUUUAAUAAUAAUAAUAAAUAAAAUAAUAGCAGUUUCAGAAUACUAAUUUUGAUUAAAGUUUAUAAUCUUCAUCUAAAUUUAAACCAAUUGAUGAAGAAGUUAUGAAGAAAAGUUUAUUAAAUUUAAAAUAAAAAUAAGCAUAAAAAAAAGAAUAAAAUUAAAAAAAUUAAACUAUGGAUUAUCAAAAUGAUGAAUAUCCUGAAGAUUUUGAAUAUUAUGAUGAUUUUGAAGAUUAUGAUUCGGAUAAUGAAUUUUAAAAUGAAACUGUUAUAAAUGAAGAGAUAUUAGGUGAUGAAAUGGAUGGAACAAGAUUGACUUAAAGAUAAUCUGAUUAAGAUUUAUAAAAUGUUGUUGAAGUUUAUAAAAAUGAAUUAGCAAAAGCAAAAAGUGGCAAUGAAACUUUAGCAGGUAAUUCAUAAAUUUUAUAUUAAUUUUAGAAAUCUAAGAAGAACCUGAAUCUUCAUAUUCUUCUAGUUUUUAUAAAACUGAUGAAAAAUUUAAACCUAAAAUAUCCAUGAUAGAAAAUCUAAAAAAAAGUAUAUUGUAAUAGAUCCCAUAAGAUUUAUUUAAUAUGGCUUAUAAUAGAAUUUUAAGUGAAAUCGAAAAAAAGUAAAGUACAUAGGAAGUAAAAUUUAUUACAAUUAAUUUUAGAUGUAUAAGGACUUAAAAUAAAUUUUGGGCAAAAAAUAUUCGGGGGCUGGAUUUUAAAUAGAAUAAUUGAUAUAUCAGGAGUAAUUAUAUAAACACUUUCAAAACUGAGUUUUUCAUUUAUAUCAUAUAUAAAUAUUCCUAAAUAUGUAAUAUUUUGAAUAUAACAUGAUGUUUUAGAGUUUCUCUCAUUUGGGAAGCUUCAGAAAUUUUGAGUACAAUUAAUUUCAUAAAAUAUCAUUUAUUUACAAGAUAAUUUUAGAAAGCAAAGCCAUGAAGUUUAGAAGGUCAAAAGCGUCUCGUUUUGCUUUGACAGAAAUGUGAUUCAUACAAUUAAAAAGUCUCCUUUUGAAUAUUUUAAGAAAAAAUAAAGAAAUCAAUAGAAUAGAAAAAUAUUUCAAUAAAUUAGAGGAUAAGAAAAUUUAGAAUUAUUAUCAUCAGAUCAGGAAACUCAAGAUUACUCUGAAUUAGAAGAAAAUUAACGAUAUUAUAGCAUUAUAGAAUGGAAAAAAAUAUAAGAUGAAAGAUUGAAAUAAAUGACAGGAAAUAAUUUGAUUGAUUCUACGAAAUUGUAAGAUUCUAAUGAUUCAUCAAAAUUAAAAAAAACCCCACUUAAGUCUUGUUUAAAAAAAAUCAAGAAAGAUAUCUUUUGCUAAUAUGAAGAAUUAUUUGGGAAAAUAACUAAUGAUUAAUUAUAGACUGAAAUUUCAUCAGAAAAAUUGUAGCUUAAAGAAAAAUAAAUCAAAUAAUGUAUCAUAGUGACUGAAUUCAAUAAUAUAAUGAAUGAUGAUGACGAUGAAGUAUUAAAAUAAAUUAAAUGUUUAGAUAUCCAUAACUUUAGAUGAAAUGGAUGAUUUUAUUUAAGAGAGAAUUAAAGAUUAAAACAAAAUAAAAAAGUUUGAUAUUAAUGAAUUCGAUAACAUUAAAAAAAAAGUAGAUCUUAAAUAGAAAAUCUUAUCUGACCAUAAUGUCCUUAAAAAUAAAUAGUGA